GCCUGCGAAGAAGGACCAAAGGAGGACGAGUGUGCCUGUAUUACUGAUAGACCUCCGCGCCGCUUACAAAUAGGUUAUGGAAGAAGUGGCGGGGGCGAAGGAAAACCACGCGAUGGUGAUAUCGAUACACUCUGUAGAUCUAAUCCUGUAAGUUCGACGUAUGAAUGUCCAACAACAAUCCAGCCAGACCCAACAACACCCACGACCAUGUUGUCGACAACAGCGACCGAGCCUCAAACAACAAGUAGAACACCCACCAGUGUACCAUACAGCACUACAAACAGAGCCCCAACAGGUGGCACAAUGGCGAACACAACCCCAGGGCCAGUGACAUCUGAUGAAGGUGCUUUAUUCUAUAUUCAGUACUGGCUCCCUGCGGUACUUGGACUGAUCUUAGUUAUCCUGCUGGUGGCGCUGUUCAGGCGAAGGCAACGUUCCGAAAAAGCCCCUUCCCAAGUGAAUCCGAUGGCCCACACAGGGUCCAAUGGCGUUUAUUACUCUCCGUGCAGUGACUCUGGUCCCUUAGAGGUCGAUCCAAACAGGGACGGUGUCACGGGAGACACCGCAGUAGGCCUAGUCCUGAACCCGGCUUACGAGCAAAAUAUUUCGGGUACCGAAUUGGAGAGAAGUGGUGACUUCUUCUGCCCUGCAAUGAGUGACACUCCCAACCAUUUCAAGGUCAAAGGUAGGGCUCAAUCACCGGGCAAGGUGGACGCGAUUCACGGUAACCCGCCGGCACUACUUGGGAACUUCAACGUAGGGUUCUCGGAGGGCAAUUACAACCCUGUUGCAGCGGGAACCAGUUGUGAUUUGCCGUCGGCUCGUGGGUCAAGAUACGAACCGGUAGCCGUGAGGCGAUCCGGCGAACACUUGCCACGUCCUGAUGCUGGCUACGACAAUCCAGACGAAUUUGUCAUGCCAGGAAACAAGCCAGCUCCCCCGAUGCAUCCUUGGAAGAGCAAAAAACAGCAGCAGGGAGAUGGUUACGAGGAACCCCCCGUUGGGGACGAAAGGUCACCAGGGGACGGCGCUCAUGCGCCAAUCACGUACGAAAUCCCGGAGAUAUCACCAGGUCUGCCGACAUCACCUAAUACCGACACUUCGUAUGAAGUAGCUUCGAUCGACAAGGCUGCGCCCCGAAACACUUUGCCGAAAUACGCAGGAGUUGAUAUGAGCAACAAGGCUACCAACCAAGACAAUGGGGAGAAAAGUCCGGGGGCUGACUCAGGCUACGAAGCGGCUAUUGUCCCGCCCGGAAAUACCCCUUCAUCGGCCGGUGCCCCGGUUCGGUAUAACUACGCUUACGCGUACGUGUCACCGACAGGAUGCCCACCAGGGAUGCCCAUCAAGGCUAAUCAGUACAACGUGCUUCAGACUCCGUGCAAGGAGGAUGAUGGGGAAUACUCAAUGCUGAAUCGAAACAAGGGAGGAGGGUACCAGACCAGCACUACUGCACCUAUAAUAAUGCCUGCAAAUGUAUACAACACUAUCAACAUUGCUUCGCAAAAAUAGCGCAGAAAUGUAUCUGGGUGCAAAAAAUAAAGAUCACUGAGUAAAGCAUAAGCUCUUCGCGCGUGUCAUUUUGAAUUUUUAUUAUUUAUUUGAAAAUGCAAGAUGGUAUAAACUUUUUUUUUAAUGCCUAAGCACCCUUGAAAUGACGUUGUCCGUCAAUGUCGUCUGACUAUUAUGUCCAGAGUAAGGCCUAGUUAUGGAUUUUGAAACACGAGUUGUAACGGAGCAGCUGUAGGUUACAGUUAUGACGCUUCAUAGUACUCUGCAUAAUUUUAUGUACUUUAUAAAUCCAUCAGAACUUUAGUUUACAAAAAAAAAAUAAUAAGUUCUUGGCUGUGUACGAUAUGGUACCAAAACAUACGCAGAAAUUCUAUCGGCGCACAGGAAGUUGUGAUGUUGAAAUGUAAUUUGAAAUGUAAGUAUAUGUAAAUCAUAUUUCCGUCAGGUUCAGGAAGGGAAUUUUAAACAAAGAAUCCUCGUCGGGAAUCUGACAAUUGUUUGACUUUGAAGUUCACUUUGAAUUAAGGUUAUUUAAAUAAAGAACGCGUUAAAUUUCCACAUUUAAAUAUCUACGUAUAUGAGCUGAGUUCCAAAGAAAAAUGCCCUUUUUAGCAAUGGAGAUCAACAUUAGUGACCUUCUACUCAAUGCCUCAAACAUUUGAAUUUACAUUUCAAAGUUUGUCUAUUUAUUUGUUUAUUUCUCUUCAUCCAACAGCACAUUUAGCUCCAAUUACUGAAUGAGGUGACAAUUAAGCAGUCAGUGAAGAAAUGUUCAAUUUUAGAGGUGGGAGGAAAACCCUGGAUGACUAUUCCAGGGAAACCCGUGGAAUCAGAAUCAAGAACCAAUGCACCAACCUGACUUUCGUAAUCUGACUAAAGAGAUUAUUUAAAAUAAGUAUAUUUAAAUAUUAGAGUAGCCUAUCGCUUUGCUGUUAAACAGUACUGCAAAUUCCAUCAUAUUGUAUUUACAAUAAGUAUUUUUGUAAUAAGGGUUAUAAAAGGCUUAACGGAUUUCUUUGAUGGUCUCAGUAAUAAAGUGUGGACGUACAUUAGUAUUUGAUUGUAGAUUUGGAACUUAUCCCCUGAAGCUGAAAAAAGUAAAAACCAAAAUUGAAUGCGAAUAAAAUCUGGCAAAGAAAUUUUUUUCAGAGGA